AUGCCCACCAAAAAUGAAAAAUUGAUUGAUGAGUAUUUCUUCAACUUCGAAUUCCGUCGUAAAGGUAACGCGGUGGUAAAUGGUGUUAACUUUCAACUUCCUUCUAUUCCUUUCACUAACCCGGAUGUCAAUCUACGACCUCCGAUGGAAUGUAAAUACGACACUAUGGACAAUAGUUCGUACAAUAAUGAUACUGAAGUGUGUAAAUUCUGCCCACAUGCUGUAUAUAUUCACCGAUCAAAUGCAGAGCAGAGAACAACCCAAUUCGUAUUUUCUUCCUUGGAUCCUUUUUCUGACGACUCUAUUAACGAAAGCAGAACACAUCCAAUUCAUCUUCAUGGUCAUUCUUUCUUUGUUACAAAAAUAGGAUAUGCAAAGUACGACCAAGACGGCUUUAUCAAUGAGCCUAAUAGGGAUGUCACAGUUAAGGAUUGUGGUCCAGGAAAUUGGACGGAUGAAAAAACCUUCAGCCAAGUUAUUUCUCCCAAAGAUCUCUACAUCGACCAAAGUACAGUGCGAAAAGAUGUGAUAACAGUGCCAGCCGGAGGAUCCGUUGUGAUCGAAUUUUUGCGUAACCACUCAGGCUGGUGGUUUUUGCAUUGCCAUAUAGAUGCACAUUUGACCAGAGGUAUGGCUAUAGCUGUUGGUGAACUUCCUGAAUGCCAAGUUCCCUUUGCCAGUCCUCUUCCUACCGAUGAAUCUUUCGACUAUGAAUUGAGUACAUCAGUUUUAAAAGCUUACGAGAACUACGAUAAAUGCAAUUUACAGUCGAGCCCAUAUGAGACAUGUGAAAAUGACAAAGAAAAAGACGGAUCCUUGUCCUUUGAUGAAACCCAUUCUUCAGUGAAGAGAGAAUUUCCAAGAAGUGAAGAGGGUAUGUCCAAAUCAGUACACGAACAAGAUGAAAAGCAUUUGCAUAAUUUGCGACGACAAAUGUUUAACUUAAUGAAAAAUGGUCGCGUCAACUAUGGUCAUGUUGCAUCAUCACAUUACAGGCGGCUUUACCAUUACUAUAAUUCGCCACAGGCUGACAAAUUAAAAUACGCUAACCAAAAAAUGUCCGAACCGUCCAAAAAUGGUCGAAAAAACCUUGAAGUUGAUUUUAUAGCUGACUCUUAAAAACAUUCUAGCUUUUAACGUUUUUUUAUUCUUUUUGAGUUUUACCAACAAAGUUUGUUCAUCAAACUAUUUUACAUUGUUACGUUACAUUGUUAUUAAAAAAUGGCAAAUGCAUCGCAAUUGUAAUCAUUUUUACUAAAAUAAAUUGUUGCAUUAUAUUCAUCAUUAA